AUGUGCCUUGGGAAGGGGGUGCAAGCACACCUCCGCUACUCGGAAUAUAGGGUCACCGGACUCGUUCGCGAGCGAGCGCGGGUAGACGGCGGCGUGCGCAAAGCGACGGCUCGCGCGCGACCGCGGGCUUGCGCGUCGGCCGUGCGCGGGCAGAGGGUGCUGAGGGGCGAGCGAGAUAGCCCAAAAAUAUACCGCCGGAUCAAGCACACAGUGGCGGGCGUCCUACGCGGGGACUAUCGCUACGCCAGGGAAGACAAGGGCGUCGAAGUGCAGCUGCUGCUGUUCGAAUCGUUCGGCAGGUUCGGAAAGGGGGUCCGUGAGAUCCUCCGGAAGGCGGCGGACGUGCUACAGAACAAGCUGACGCGGGCCCAGUACCUCGAUGAGGUGACUUGGACCACCAAGAGCUGGCUGGGGCUGCAGAAGCAGCGCAUCUCAGUCGUUCUUCACACGGCCAUCGCAGAGCAGGAGUCGCUUAGGCGGCUCCCGUGGCAGCCUUUGGCUCGCCACUGCACUCGGCUCCUCUCAAUGCGUGUCGGGCACCCCCCACGACAGCACGCCGACGGCAAGCUUUGA